GUGUGUAUGUAGCGCAGGCGGCUCUGCUGCUGCAGCGUCAGGGAAGAGCUACCGAGAGAGGCUUCAGCAGCUCCCACCACUUUGGGCAAACUUGCCGGUUUACCGCUUCUUCUUUUUUUUUCCUUUUUUUUUUUUCUUCCGAGUGGGAAGCUUCUCAAUUGCCAUUCAACAUUUUAAAGCACAAGCCGCUCUGCCGUGAAAGCGCCUGAUCCACACUUCUCUGAAAGACACAGGAGGGAAUACACAAUUGCAGAUUUCACCCACUGUGGCGGUGCAGAUCACAGGAAACAACUGAUUGAUAUAAUUUUAUUUGCAAAUAGAACUCUGUUUUUUCUUUUUUUUUUUAAUCGCGUCGCGGAUCUUUUCCCCUCCCCUUUGCCAUUCCGCUUAUAUGGAUGUAAUUCAGAAUCUGUGUUAAUUCACGUGGGGGAUCCAGUUACAUCUUGUUCCGCUCCGGGUAUAUUUACGAGCGACCAAUAAUCGCCUUUGGACACAUAGUUUUGUUGCUAACCUUUGAACUGAAAGGAUCAAGUUCAGAUCUGGUUACCUGCAUUGGGACGGGAAGGAAGAGAAGAGAGAGAGAGAGAGAGAGAGAGAGAGACUGCAAUCUCAUUUGUGAAUCGCUCUCAGUGCUGCAGAUCCAGAUUGCUAUAACACAUGCAGUGCAAAUGCAGGUAAGGCACACACACAAACUGCGGAUGCAAAAACAAACUUGGGACUAUUGUGUGUCUAUGUUCUUAUCUCCAGCCUUGCAAAUUCUGGGCAAACGGCUUCUGCAGUUUCUGUAUCGUUGCUUUGUGACUAAUGACCUUGCGCAGAGUUGUUAAAAAAAAUCCGCUCCGGAGAAAGAGCUGAACAUUUUAGGCGAUCUCUGAAGAUGGAUUUGGGUGCUUUUCUGCCAACCAAAGGGGAUAUUCUGUGGACUGCUCUGUAAUACUCGGGGUUCUUCUCCUAUCAGCUGUGCAGCUACCGACAUUAUUGGGAUUUUUAUUUUUUCUUUACUUUUUUUUUUUUUUCCUAAGAACUCUCCAUUGCUAAGAGGAUUUGGAGUUUUCCCGACACAAGCCCUUUGAAUAAAGCGAAUCACAUUUUUUUUUCCCCUGUGUGUGCAGAGAGGGGGAAGAAUAAAGCUAAUGCCUUGGUCGUAAACGGCUGAGAGAGAGAGAGAGAGGGAGAGAGAGGGAGACAGGAAAGAGAGAGAGAGUGUGAAUUGUAGUUAACUCUAGUGUCGAAGAAGACGACUUGGGGGGCUUCGAAUCGUACAGUGCUGCUCCUGCUUUUAUUGCAAACCUUGCAAAGUGAUUACAGUAAAAUCAGAGAGGAGGAGGAGAAGGGGGAGGAGAAGGAAAAUCCCAUCCUAUCUACCGAGAUGAAUCUUUAAAAAGCAAAAUACACUGUCCCGUGAACUGUAAGUAUAUCGCAACUGGAAGGCAGGGAGGGCAGCAGAGGAGCCAGCAGCAGGGUUUUGACCACCAAUUGCACCAGCCAUGAGACAAUAAGUUUCCAGGAAUAAAAGGAUUUUGUAAUUGAUCACCUGGACGCUCAGCCGCUCUGUUGGCUUAUCAGGGGAGUUUACUGGGGGGGCAGGUGGGACUGAGAGGAGGGCGGGGGGUUUCAGUGCAGGGAAGAUGAGGAAGAUGCGGACCCUCCUUGGCUUUGUACAUUGCUGCUGCUGCUUCUUGCUCCUCCUGCCUCUGCCGCUCUGGGUCAGCCUGGCAGCGGCUAAACAGCUCCUGAAGUACCGGCUGGCCGAGGAGGGACCCGCUGACAUUCGCAUCGGCAACGUGGCUUCUGACCUGGGUAUCGUGACGGGCUCCGGAGAGGUGACAUUCAGCCUGGAGUCGGGCUCCGACUAUCUCAAGAUCGAUAACAUAACCGGGGAACUGAGCACCACAGAGCGGCGCAUCGACCGCGAAAAGCUGCCGCAGUGCCAGAUGAUCUUCGACGAGAACGAGUGCUUCCUGGACUUCGAGGUGUCGGUCAUCGGCCCGUCGCAGAGCUGGGUGGACCUCUUCGAGGGCCGGGUCAUCAUCCUGGACAUCAACGACAACACCCCCACCUUCCCUUCCCCCGUCCUCACGCUCACCGUGGAGGAGAACCGGCCCGUGGGGACCCUCUACUUGCUCCCCACCGCCACCGACAGGGACUUUGGCCGCAACGGCAUCGAGCGCUACGAGCUUCUGCAGGAGCCCGGCGGGGACAGCGGCCGCCGCGCCGGCGGGGGAAUCUCGGCCGCCGCGGCCCCCGAGAGCGCCCCCUACCCCGGCGGCAGCAAGCGGCGGCAGGAGGCGGAGGCGGCGGCCCGCAGCAGCGUCUUCGAGCUGCAGGUGGCUGACACCCUGGACGGGGAGAAGCAGCCACAGCUGAUCGUCAAGGGGGCGCUGGACCGGGAGCAGCGGGACUCCUACGAGCUCAGCCUCCGCGUGCGGGAUGGCGGCGACCCGGCACGGUCCUCGCAGGCGAUCCUGAGGGUGCUGAUCACCGACGUGAACGACAACAGCCCCCGCUUCGAGAAGAGCGUCUAUGAGGCGGAUCUGGCGGAGAACAGCAGCCCCGGGACCCCGAUCCUGCAGCUGCGAGCCACCGACCUGGACGUGGGGGUGAAUGGACAGAUCGAGUAUGUCUUUGGGGCGGCCACAGAGUCUGUCAGGCGUCUACUGCGGCUGGACGAGAACUCGGGCUGGCUCAGUGUCUUGCACCGCAUCGACCGGGAGGAAGUGAACCAGCUUCGCUUCACUGUCAUGGCCCGAGACCGGGGCCAGCCCCCCAAGACAGACAAGGCCACGGUUGUGCUGAACAUCCGGGAUGAGAACGACAAUGUGCCCACCAUCGACAUCCGGAAAAUUGGGCGCAUUCCGCUCCGGGACGGGGUGGCUAGUGUGGCUGAGGACGUGCUGGUGGACACCCCCAUCGCCCUGGUGCAGGUGUCAGACCGGGACCAAGGUGAAAAUGGCGUGGUGACCUGCACCGUGGUAGGUGAUGUGCCCUUCCAGCUCAAGCCGGCCAGCGAGGGUGAAGGGGAGCCACAGAAUAAGCGCAAGUAUUUCCUCCACACCUCAGCCCCUCUGGAUUAUGAAGCUGUCCGUGACUACAACGUGGUGAUUGUAGCUGUGGACUCCGGCAGCCCCAGCUUGUCCAGCAACAAUUCCCUGCUGGUGCGGGUUGGGGACACUAAUGACAACCCUCCUGUGUUCAGCCAGGCCGUGUUGGAGGUCUCCUUCCCGGAAAACAACUUGCCAGGCGAGAGGGUUGCCACAGUGGUUGCCACGGAUGCAGACAGCGGCAAGAACGCUGAGAUCACCUACUCACUGGAGGCCUCACCCCUAUCCUCAGAGGCACCAGGCAGCAUCUUCAGCAUCGACCCUGACUCUGGGGACGUGUCAGUGCAGGCGGUGUUGGACCGUGAGCAACGUGACACCUACGAGUUCCAGGUGACAGCCCGGGACAAAGGGGUGCCAUCACUACAAGGCUCCACCACAGUGGUGGUGCGGGUGGCAGACCGCAAUGACAAUGAGCCGCGCUUCAUGCAGGAUGUGUUCACCUUCUAUGUGAAGGAAAACCUGCAGCCCAACAGCCCUGUGGGCAUGGUGACUGUAAUGGACUUUGAUAAGGGCCGCAACGCUGAGCUCAGCCUCUCCAUUCAGCCUGGCGACCACGACCAGGCAGCUGGCAUCUUUUCCAUCGAGAAUGACACCGGAACCAUUUUCUCCACUGUCUCUUUUGACCGCGAACAGCAGACUAGCUACACCUUUAAGGUAAAGGCAGUGGAUGGAGGUGAGCCACCACGCUCUGCCACUGCCACCGUGUCCCUCUUUGUGAUGGAUGAGAAUGACAAUGCACCCACAGUCACCUUCCCCAGCAACAGCUCCUACACUGUGCUGCCACCCUCCAGCAACAUGCGCACUGUGGUGGCCACAGUGGUUGCCACCGACGCUGACACUGGUCUCAAUGCUGACCUCAACUACAGCAUUGUUGGGGGUAACCCCUUCAAACUCUUUGAGAUAGACCCAGCCAGUGGUGUGGUGUCACUGGUGGGCAAGCUGGCCCCCAAGCACUACGGCCUGCACCGCCUGGUUGUGCAGGUGAAUGACAGUGGGCAGCCUCCCCAGUCUACAACUGCCCUACUCCAUGUCUUCGUCAAUGAGAGCCUGUCCAAUGCUACCGUGGUGGAGAGCCAGGUGGCCCGCAGCCUUCACACUCCCUUGGCCCAGGACAUCGCUGGUGACCCCAGCUACGAGCUGAGCAAGCAGCGGCUUAGCAUAGUCAUUGGUGUGGUGGCUGGCAUCAUGACUGUCAUCCUCCUCAUCCUAGUGGUGGUUAUGGCCCGCUACUGCCGCUCCAAGGGCAAGCAUGGCUACGAGGCUGGCAAGAAGGACCAUGAGGAUUUCUUCACCCCACAGCAGCACGACAAGGCCAAGAAGCCCAAGAAGGACAAGAAAGGCAAGAAGGGCAAGCAGCCCCUCUACAGCAGCAUCGUCACUGUUGAGGCUUCCAAGCCCAACGGGCAGCGCUACGACAGCGUCAACGAGAAGCUCUCAGACAGCCCUGGUAUGGGCCGAUACCGCUCCGUCAAUGGCGGCCCGGGCAGCCCCGACCUGGCCAGGCACUACAAGUCGAGCUCGCCUCUGCCCACCGUCCAGCUGCACCCGCAGUCUCCCACCGCCGGCAAAAAGCACCAGGCCGUACAGGACCUGCCCCCGGCCAACACCUUCGUGGGCGCCGGCGACAACAUCUCCAUCGGCUCGGACCACUGCUCCGAGUACAGCUGCCAGGCCAGCAGCAAGUACAGCAAGCAGCCAUUUCGUAGAGUGACGUUUUCUGUUGUGAGUCAGCCUCAGGACCCGCAUCAAGGGUCAUUGCAGAGUUGCUAUGACAGCGGUCUGGAGGAGUCAGAAACACCAAGCAGUAAGAGUUCAUCAGGGCCAAGACUGGGUGCCCUUCCACUCCCAGAGGACAACUACGAAAGGACUACGCCGGAUGGCAGUGUUGGUGAGGCAGAGCAUAUGGAAAAUGAUUCACGGCCUCUACCAGAUGUAGCUCUGACAGGGAAGUGUACCCGAGAGUGUGAUGAGUACGGCCACUCGGACUCCUGCUGGAUGCCAGUCCGCACUUCUCCGGAGAGAAAGCAGAAGAGCCAGCCAAAACUCUCUACUUUCAUGCCUGUUGAUGAACGGGGCAGUCAGGAAAAGCUGGCCAAUGGGGAAGCCUCCCUCAUGGGUGAUCGCAACAGAAACCUCCUUAACAAAAAGUUGACCUCAUCCUAUGAGACCUUCAGCGCGGCUAGUUUCAGCAAAAAUGAAGAAGGCAAUCCAGAGGAUAUCCCCCUUACACAGACAGGGGAAUACAAGCCAUCUCCUGUCAAUACUUUAACUAGAAGAGAAGUUUACCUGUAGGCUAAAAAGCAGCAACAAAGUUCUUUCAUAUUAUAAGAAAGAAAUGGGGAAAAAGUCUUAAAAUCGCAACAAUUUUAAGAAAAAUAAUAAACAAAAAAGAGGGGGCCACCAAAGAGACAAAAGAUCUGCCUGCCACUUCUGCCUCCAUAGCAGGCAUGUAAUUAUACUGUCUGCCUGACUAUACUGUACAAUGUAGAAAACGUUGUUACUUGCAUGUCUAAUUCCCCCUUCUGCUGAUUUUUAUUUUUCCUAAAUCUAUGGUUGCAAAUUCCUCCCAUAGUAGCGAGCUUGAUUAAAAAGAACACAACACACUGUUGUUUCCCCUCUGCAGAAGCAUGAGUUAAGCCACUCAUUUUGUUUGUUUGUCAUCUGGCUUGUUGAGGAUAACAUGUCAGGGAAAAUGUACUCAAAACAUAUCAUCUGAAUAUUGCUGAUCCCCACCAGGGACAAUCCUUCAGAAACCAUACAGAUAUAGAGAUAAAUAUAAAGGAAUAAUCAUUAAUAGGCACUUUGUGAAGACCACAGCUUUAAUAUUCUCACCUCUCAUCUGAGGCUGGAAGCAACAGAAAUAUGUUCAGCCUGAGACUGCAGUCAAAAACAUGGCAUUCUUUCCUGUGAUUCAUGAACUCUGGUUCUGUUUUAUCCAUCAAACAAACGUGUCUUGCUGUGUCUCUCUCCUUCUCACUCGUUCUCUGUAACGAUUACUUCAAUGUAAACACAAUUACUAACACAUGUACCAUAGGAUAGUAAUGAUAAACUGUUGAAAUCAUUAUUUUGGGCAAGACUAACAUCUAGGUGGGAAGAUUGUAAUAACAAAAAGGCCAAAGAUCACACAAUGGAUCAGGGGAACUGCUAAGUAUUGGGGCUUGGCUUAGAAAAUUAAUGUAUUCACAAAUAAACACAUGUAUCAUAACACACCUUCUGUUACAUUUUGCACAGCAGCACAGUUCACAAGCCUAGAUGACAAUUUUUUUUCCGAUGCGGUUCAGUUGAAUGCCCAAAGGAAUAGGUGUGUGUUUUUUUCGUAAUGAUGUGAUAUGUUGCAGCGGAAGCUGCAUAUGAUAUGCUGCAUAUGCCAGGGAAUUUUUAAGAUCAAAAUUAAAAAAUAAUAGUAGUAAUAGAAGGCUGUGUUAAUAAGAAUGCUUGAUGGGAGGGAAAAGGUGGACAAUGGGAUGGUGCACUAACAAGAGGAUGUUACAUGUUGAAUACAGAAGCUUCUUUUCAGAUUGCGAGGAGUGGUUGCUAAGUCUUUGGUCAUCAGUGUUGCAGAUUACCAAUUGCUUCAAAUAUGUCAAAGAUAUAUGAAAGCUUUCUUGAAACCAAGUGCAUUAAAACCAAGAGAAGUGCAAUACUAAAUGAUGUCAAGACUCAGAACAUUUAGCAUAAGGAGAAAUUGGUCUGAUAAACAGUGGUAUGGUACUCACCUAGCAGGUCAAGAUGAGUCAAAAGGAAUCCAAGCUACUGUGAUAUGCAAAAGCUGUAACAAUUCUCAUGAUGAGUGAUUCUUGAAAGGAAGAGGAAAUGAAACAGGUUUUUGUGCAAUAAAAGCAACAAAACAUGCAGAAUGAUGAACAAUUGCUUUGUACUUGAUGCUGUAGAAAUAAUGGCAGACUGAGCUCAGACAUUCAGAUGAAAGCGACAAUCGAACAACACAGCAAGGACAGCUCAAGGAGGGGGAAAGCAUUCAGAUCCCUGGCUGUUUAACCUGGUGUGAAGGCAUGGCUAGAUGGCUCUCUAGUAUACUGUAGUCAUAAUGUAGUUUUGGGUAGUUUCUUGCUUUGAAGAAUUGCAUAGAAAUAACCUUAAACAGCCUAAGGUAGAGGUUGGUAAAUCAAAACAACUCAUCACACUUAUCUUUUGAAUUCACUUCUCCAUGUAGUGGGAUGUGCCAUUAUUGGCCCUUUCAUUCUCCUCACUUGAGUUUACUUUCUUCAAGUAACAUUAGUUUGUGUAUAACAGUUAUGAUGAAUGGGCACAUUUUAGAAAGAAAAUAUUAAAAUCAAAGAUUAAUAAUGAUUGAACAUUUUUAUGUUUAAUUAUUUAAGUAAUAUGGAGAGAUGCAAGCUAGUACUUUGUUAUGAGACUGCGUAUAGCAGUUACUGCUUUGUAUAAUCUGUAAGUACCUGUUUAAAAAUGCUUCUAAAAUGCUUAUGUAAUGUAUACACAUUUUUCUUGCACGUUUCAACAGAAUACACAAUUGCAUAACACAAAUGUUCAACAGAAUUUCCUUUAAUAAAGUUUUAUUUAAUAUUACAUACAAGAAAAUAAAUUAGGUAGCUGGGUUCCAUAUAUUAUUAGACACUUUUUCUACAAGGCUAAUAAUACAGGUCAUAGUAGACCUUCAGAUUAAAUGGAUCAGCAGUCACUCACCAACUUUUGCACCACAUAAGACAGUCAUGAAAUAAUUUACUUGUGUGCAUCUCCUUAGAUCUAAAACGCGUGUGAAAGAAUUUUUAAAAAAUUCUGUCUACUGUAAGUAUUCACAGUAAUUCUAGUGGAACUAGCCACUAUUAAUAUGCUGAUUACUCUUCUGACCUGGCAUGACAUACAAAUAUAUUUUGUGUUUGUAUAUUUCCUCUUUAUUUGAAAUAGGUUAAAUCUGGUGCCACUCCAUAAAUAGAGUGCUUUUGUAUAAAAAUAAACAAAUAAAGCUAUAAAAAAUAAUUAGGGUGAAUGCAAAAUAUGCAACUGUGCCUUUCAUACCUAUUAAUAUGGUAAAGUGGUAGUUGGGUUUGGACACUGAGGGAUAAGGGGCUAUUCCCAACUUUUUUGAACCUGUAUAUUUACCUGUGUUUAUUUUCUGAGAAAUUAUAAAUAAUAUAUUUAAAAACAAGCCUUUUGCCAAACUCAGUUAAUGGACCAGUCUUAAGCAUUAUUAACACAAGCCUGUGGUUUAAGUAGGUCUUGAGGAUUUUUUUAUUACUAUUUGUGUGGGAUUUGGGGUGGUUUUAAUUUGUUUUUAAUUCUGCUGCCUGAAAAACUACGAUCAGUCUAUAUGAUAGUUAUUUAGCAGGGUGUCACCAAUUCAUGUUGCCAGGAAAAUUGACAAAUUUUUUUUAAUUGCUUUUAACCAUCAUCACAUUUCAGUUGUACAGUAUAGAAGUCAUCUUUUUUAUUUCCUUCCAUGGGAAACUCAGAUGAGCUUUGCAUGUAUUUUACAUUAGGGCACCUUUAUAGAUUGAUACGUUAAUAUAUAACUUUAUACGUAUUAGAAAAUUCAAUAGCUUUGGUCUAAAAUCUAAUGCUCAUUCUGGAUCUCAGACCCACUAUGUUUAUCCAAUAUGGUUUCUGACUGGCCUGCUGCCUGAGUUUCAGGAAAAAAAAAGUUAAACAUUAUUUUUAUGUGGGGGAAGAACUUAAAUGGGAUUGAAAUGAUUGCUGAAAGGCUACCCUAGGAAGUUGUCAAGCAGGAAAAUGAGGAAUAUGGAUAAAGACCUUGCCAUAAAUCCAGCCAUCACCAAACACUUGUAGGGAAGUUGAACAACGAAAUAUUUUUCCUUUUGUUUCGUUGAUGAUAAAUAUACAGUGUUUUCAUCAGGAACAAAGCAGAUGAAAUAGCAAUAGAAAUUAAAGUCCAUCAAUUAAGUUGUAUUACUGACUGAAUGAGCAUAAACACUAGGAAGAAGACAACAUUCACCAGCUACCUGGGGUAUGCUUUCAGACAACUUUUUCCUAAAUUUUAAAGCACUUGCAUUCAGUGUGGUACGAUCUGUUUGUAAUAUUAAUCAUUGACUAUUGUUCUGCAACUUGGAUGUUGAUAGUGAAGCAGAGAACAAUUUAUCAUUGUUUAUUAUGAGUCACUAUGCACGCAACUAUGCUAAACAUGGCAAAAUGUAUUAAACGCUAGUCCACCUCUAUUUAUGAAAUAUUUACAUAAUUUAAUUUGCUUUUGUACAGUUUUAUGUAAAUAAAUUGCUUGUCAUUUUUGUCUCUGCAAAUUAAAAUAUAACAUGUUCAAAUGGU